AAGGGAUUUUCUAAUUCGUCUUUCGUUGGAAACUUACGGAUCACGGUUUCACAAUGUGCACUUCGUUUUAUAUACAGUAUACCUGUGGAUGCAGAAAAGAGAUGGAGUUCGUCCAGUGCGCCGAGAGUCAAGGGACGAAUGUGAAAUGUAAGCCUGUAAGGAAGGAGCCAGGCAAGGAUUCUUUGAACUAUUGCAGAGGAUUGAAUAGCUAAAAGAAAAUGAGUACUCGUCAAGCUCAAAUAUACCUAGUCUAGGGAUUUCAACUUGAUAGUCAAUAUGUCGUCUUCGG